AUGGACCCUCUCUCGGUGGGCGCGAGUGUUAUUGCCGUGGUUGGCGCUACUGCAAAGGUCAUCAAAGGAAUCCGCCGCCUCAAAGCAUUACAAGACGCGCCACGGGAACUGGACGACCUACUCGCCGAGAUAUCUCAACUUGAGCUUGUUUUGCAAGCUGUCCAGAGAGCUCAUGAGAAUCCUGGGGUUGAGCUGGGAAGGCUGCUCGAGAUGGCCCGCAGAAUCCUAGUCGACUUUGAGUCAUUGAUUGAAUAUAAAUUGACAGAGGCGGGAACUAGUAAUAAAGUCGACCGCUGGCAGUGGACACGCAGCUCAAAGGAUGUGGAGCGACUGCGGGGACAACUGCGUGAUGUCACAGCUAACCUAGUAGCACUUGUCGGCGUCAACACCAGUAUAACCCUGGAUCAGGUAUCCCGGGUCACAAAUCAAACGCUCUCCGAGCAUCGACAACUCAGCAAUCAAAUACUCCCUAUACUACCUGCUCUUGCCCAGCUGGUACAGCUUUUGGAAGAAUCGCCUUCUACUCAAUCGGCUUUGGCUGGCUCGCUGGGUACGGUCCGACAGCUUACUCUCGAAUCAGACCCUCAAGCAAACGAUACCGUAGCGAAAAUUACCGAGACCGAAACACUUCAAGCGGACCAGACUGUGUCCAAGCUCCAUCCUCAAAGUAUUCUUCGUGUCAGAAAAAUCCAGAGAGUCAGCAUUUGUGCCAUAGGUUGCGCCUGCAAGUGCCAUGUUUUCAGACGAUUCGGCGCCUCUGGGACUCUCUCGAAGAUCUUUGGCCGUGGCUACAUCCAGACAGCUGGUUCUUUCAUACUCGGAACUCAGUGCGACACCGAGUCAUGCAGAGCUCUUACUGCGCCACGCAUAUCAGUCCAAUAUCUGUUACCGCAAUGGUUGGCAUCUCGUAUGAUUUUCGUAUGGCUUACAUCAUCUCCACCUUGCGGUCCGGAGCUUCUACUUAGAGUCCCCCGAGUAGUAAGCCAUAGCAACGCAGCCUUUAUAGCCGUAGCACUCCGUGACGUCGAAUCAUUGAAGCUUGCUCUUACGAAUGGAGACUGUACAACAUAUGAUGUUGACCAAUACGGGGAUAAUCUUCUUUCUUGGGCCGCGCUUCACGGUAAUGUUGAGACAAUGUUCUGUAUUUCAAAUUACAGCGACUUCUGCCACAAUCCACGGUCUGUUACGGCCGAGGUCGAGAACUUAUUAUGGCAACUCUUCGUUCUUGACGCCAAAUUUCCGAACGGGUUUUUUACUGAUCGGCCGUACACGUUGCUGACUGAAUUUCUGCCUACGGUGGAAUGGGAAUGCCACGCGGAGCGCGAAAAUUUUACUAUGUUGCAUCAGAUCGUGUGUGGACUAAGCAGCCUUCCCUUGAAUGCUGAGCUGCGACGCUCAGCUGCUAUUAACGAGUUGGACAGACAUGGUCGGAGUGCAUUAUGGUAUGCAGUGGCCCAUCGAAAACUGGACUAUGUUAGAAGACUACUAGAGCGAGGAGCCGACCCGAAUACUGGUGAUCCGCCUAUUUGGGCCGAUGUAGAGGAAUGUCUAGAUUACGCAAUUGUAGAAUUGCUUCUCGAUUCCGGUGCAACCCUCAGUCGCUCUCGCGAUACUGGCUGGCUGCCAUGGCCUGAUUCCGGUUUGGAAGGUGACACUUUGGCGGUGGACGAGCUGCUCGUUAGACACGGUAUCGACCUCGACCACCGUGCGGAAUUUGGUGGUGUCGAGGGUGUGACUAUACUAAUGCGCUUGACUUGCGACUAUCAGCUUCGCGACGCAGCACGCCGUCUGAGACAGUUGAUCAAAUACGGCGCUGACAUUGAGAUUGCUGACAAGAACGGGGAGACUGCAAUAAUGUAUGCUGCUUGUCAUUCGUCCCCUGAGACCUUUGAUAUUCUCGCACGCGCUGGCGCACGCCUUGAUGUGAAAACCGUCACAGGGAGCACGAUUUUACAUCUUGCCAUCACCCAUACAUGCACAUAUACGCCAAACAUUCAUCGGCUCUGCGAGGUAAUGCGCCAUGCAGAUAUCACGAAGCUAGACUUAGAAGCACAAGAUAAAGAUGGAAAUACGGCUUUCGACCUUUUACGGAUGAAAAAUGGACCCAACUGGGAGGGAUACUACCAAAGCAAGGGCCCUAGGCGGUUUUGGUGGCCCGCUCCCUACGAAGAUGAGCUGGAAAGCAUCUCUGCUCUUGAAAAAUUGCUGCGUCACAUCCAAGAGGUCCAAGGCGUUCCGGAAGCAGACCGCUAUCCACCUCUGGGUGAAUACUGCGCGCGCGUUGUGGAAGAUGAGCCCGUCCCGGGGGCGUGGCCUGUGUUCUGA